AUGCCGACUCAGUACAUUGCAGAGGUCAACCAGUCCAAGGAGGACGGCGAGUGGUCUGCCAAGCAGGAAAAUCCCAACGCAAAGCCCGACUCCUUAAACUUUGCCUCCAAUGACUACGCAGUUGCAGUUCAUAUCCUGGUUGAUGUUCAAGACCCAGCUGCCAAGAAGUGGACUCCGAUCUGGGUUGGCAAGUACAUGCUCCUCAAGGGCGCCCACGGAGAAUAUCAACCCAUCGUGACCGUCAACAUUUGGUAUUAG